AGGAGAGUGGUAACAGAUGAGUGUGGGACCUUGCAUGUUGUCCUGAGGACUUAGGAUUUCAUUCCAAGAUGUGGAGCCAUCGGGAGGUUUUAGGUGGAAGGGUGACAUUACCUACUUAGCUUUUUAAAAACUGAAGAACAAGUGUACUGCCUUCUAUAAAUAUUGGUGUUCCCACUGUGUGCCAGGCACACUGGAGAAGUUCCUGCCCUCAGCAAGCUUCCAUGGGUGGGGGGGGUGGUUCCCCAGGAAAUGGCUGUCACAGGGCAGUGGUUAGGAGCAGGCUCUGGGUUGGAUUUCCUUGGAUCGGAUUACUGAGUAACUGAGUAUUUUUCCCUCCUCUGUAAGUUGGGCUUAGUAAAAGCAUUAAAUGACAGGUAAAUCAGAUGGUGCAGUCCCCAGGCACUCAGCCAACCCUCAGGAAGUAUAAACCACUGUCGCUGUUAAUUGCAUUAGGUUCCCCAAUGGGGAAUGUAGCGGGAGUGUUGGGAAAGCAGCGUGCAUUGUGGAGCUGUUGGUCGGGUGUGAUGGGAGCCCCAAGGAGAGGCGGACAGAGGGCGGUGCUUGUCGUGGGAGUAGGGGUGUGGUGGGCAGCAGCGAGGGUUAUUUCCACUGCGGAGCCAUAGUGGGCAAUGACGAGGCCCAGGACAAGGGCAGUGGAGGACAGCCAGACAGAGGGCAAGGCACAGGAGAGGGUGGCUAGAGGCGCUGAGUGGGUUGGGAGAGGGCCAGGCCUGGCUGUUGGGGGCCUGAGCCUCUGGACCUCAUUGAUGAUGGAGGGCAGCUGACAGACAAUGUUGAGGGGAGUGGGCAGGCAGCUGGGUGGCACCAGCUCCAGGAGGUGGGGCCUCACCCAAGAGAGGUGGAGUGGCUUGGAAGUGGCCCUGAGCAGGGAGGAGCACCUCUCACAAGCUCUCCCUGAUUAACUGUCCUAUGAUUUUCAAAAGCCACCUCGUCCCAGGUUUCCCCUGAAGGGACAGGGGGCGGGCUCAGGGCUCCCCUGUAGCAGGGCCUCCAGCCCUCUGGGCCAGGCCACCUAGGGCUGGACUUGGUUUCUGGGCUCACUCUCAUUGGAAGCCAUGGCAGCUUCUGCCGGUUGCAACAGGGGCUCAGUUGGUGACACUGCCAGAAGGGAAUCCUAAUUGCAGGGGCAAAUUGGCCUUGAUGCAAAGGCUCAGUGGUGAGCUCUCUUUCAGCUUGAGAAAUCCAAGACUGGAGGGGCUGGUGGGUGGGAGAAACCACAGGGCCUUCUUGUGGGAGGCAUCCAGAACCUGAGGCCACGUGAGCCCUGUGCCCCCUGGGCUGGGGCCUGAUCAGCAGGGCAUCAAGGGCUCACACCAAAGGCCUGAGGGUGUGGGGCCCAGUGUCAGGGUUGUGGAUCUGAGGAUAAAGGCAGCCUUGUCUGGGCAAGGCUCUGUAAAUGGGGCCUGUGAGAUGGAUUUCUGCCACCGCUGGCAGCCUGCUGUUGUGCUUUUGGAGAUGGCAGUGAGCUGGGAGCUCAGGGCAGGACAGGGCUGGGAAUGGCUCCCAGAGGAGACGUCCUGCAUGGGAGUGGAGGCUAGAUGCUGAGGCAGGAUUGGGCACUGCUCACAGGCUCCCUGGCUUGAGCUCAUUCCUGUCCCUGGGGUCUGCUCUCCUCAGCCACCACUUCUCAGCAGCUCCCACCACCUGCUGGCCUGAGCUUGGAUCUGUCACCACAGGGUCGGAGGCCCUCUGGGAUCUGGCUACAGGCCGCCUUCCCCACUCUGUCUUUCUGGGCACCACCCUGCUUCCAUCUCUCCUGGGGACCUCCCUUCCUGUCCACAUCGAAACCUUUCUGGUAAACCCUUCUGGCUUUCCAGUGGCCCCAGCCCAGCCCUCUGGGGGCAGCAUCCCCGCAGGCCUGUGCCACCCUGUCUCUGUAUGGUCUACUGGUAGCCCUCAGGGCUGCCCCUGGCUCUCUUAUGAGGCAUCUCUGGAAGCACACUCAAGGGAUCAUGAUCAGGAAAGAGUCACUUUCCUAAAGAGGAAAGUUUGUGCUCAGGAAGGUAGCACAAGAUGGAGUGAAUCUUGACAAUGGCUAUUUGUGACCUGCCCAGGACAGUUCAUGCCAGUGUGCAGGAGAACUCCCCGGCCCAGCAGGCGGGCCUGGAGCCCUACUUUGACUUCAUCAUCACCAUUGGGCACUCGCGACUGAACAAGGAGAAUGACACGCUGAAGGCCCUGCUGAAGGCCAAUGUGGAGAAGCCCGUGAAGCUGGAGGUGUUCAGCAUGAAGACCAUGAAGGUGCGCGAGGUGGAGGUGGUGCCCAGCAACAUGUGGGGCGGCCAGGGCCUGCUGGGCGCCAGUGUGCGCUUCUGCAGCUUCCGCAGGGCCAGCGAGCACGUGUGGCACGUCCUGGACGUGGAACCCUCUUCGCCUGCCUUCCUUGCCGGCCUGCGCCCCUACACAGACUAUGUGGUUGGCUCAGACCAGAUCCUCCAGGAGUCCGAGGACUUCUUUACGCUCAUCGAGUCCCAUGAGGGGAAGCCCUUGAAGCUGAUGGUUUAUAACUCUGAGUCCGACUCCUGCAGGGAGGUGACUGUUACUCCCAAUGCAGCCUGGGGUGGAGAGGGCAGUCUGGGGUGUGGCAUUGGCUAUGGGUAUCUGCACCGGAUCCCAACCCAGCCCCCCAGCCACCACAAGAAGCCGCCUGGUGCCCCACCACCUGCUACCCCACCACCUGGUGCCCCGCCACCUGGACCCACCCCCCAGGACACUCCAGCCCCUCCCAGCCCAGACAUGGGCUCCAGGCAGAGUGACUACAUGGAGGCCCUGCUGCAGGCACCUGACUCCUCCAUGGAGAGACGGCUUCCUGAGCUCGGGCUUCUCAGCCAUGGUGCUCCAGACCUUGGCGAUCUUCCACGUUCCUUGGAGAUUCCUCUUCAGCCUCCACCUCCAGUGCAGCGAGUCAUGGACCCAGGCUUCCUGGACGUGUCGGGCAUCUCUCUCUUGGACAGCAGCAAUGCCAGUGUCUGGCCCAGCCUGCCCUCAUCCACAGAGCUGACCUCCACAGCUGUCUCAGCCUCAGGAACAGAGGAUGUCUGCUCCAGCAGCGGUUCUCAUGAGCGUGGAGGUGAGGCCACAUGGUCUGGGUCAGAGUUUGAGGUCUCCUUCCCGGACAGUCCAGGUGCUCAGGCCCAGCCAGACCACCUGCCUCAGCUGACCCUUCCCGACAGCCUCACCUGUGCAUCCUCACCAGAAGAUGGGCUGUCUGCCGAGCUGCUCGAAGCUCAGGCUGAGGAGGAGCCAGCAAGCACAGAGCACCCAGAUUCCGAGGUGGAGGCCGAGGGGGCAGCCAGUGAGGGCCAGCUUUCUACCCCAGAAUAAUGCCCUGGACUGUGACAAGGCCCCUGAUGGCAUUUCACGAGGCCCAGAUGUGGGGAGGCAGCUCAGGCCACACUGUGCAUCCCAGCCCCUUGCCUGAUCAUAGCCCACUGUAUUCAGCCUCCUAGGCUGUGGCUCUGGGUGAUGUGCAGGGACUUCUGGCAGGGAGCUUUUGUGUCCACUCAGACCCCCCCGAUCCUAGUCUCCAAGAGAUGACCUCCCUGCAUGAAUCCUGCCUGAUGGUCCUGGCUUUAGGGAACUGGGCACUGUUUGGGGUGGUAAAGGGCUGGGAGCAGCACCCCUGGUUAAGUAAGUUUUACAGGAGCUGGGAUAGGAAAGGAUUCUCUGCUGCUUGGCUGGGGCAGGAAGCCUCAGUGGGUAGUACAAGGAGGCUGUGGGCCUUGGGGAAGGGCAUCUUUUGGCCAUGCACCCCUGAGUCCAGUGCUUACUCUUGCUUUGGUCGCUGUGGCUGCCCAAGAGGCUGCAGGGUCCAGACACCAUCAGAUGUGAAGAUGGGGUGAGGGAGGAAGGGGUUGGUGUAGAGCAUUUGCCUGACUGCCUUGUAGGGCUUGCCUUCAUUUUUGCUACACAGCUCAGGCAGCCCUAUCUGUACUGGAAGGCCCUGGGGACCCCUGAAGCCCCAAUAAUAGUCUCUUCCAUCACGUACCCUCAUCCCUAUGUCACACUGCACAGUUGGCUCAGGCUGGCCAACGUAUGCCAGUCACCGUUGGAGAAGAGAGGCAGCGAACUUGACCACCUCUCCUGGGGCAGGCAGGUGGGGGCUGAAAAUUCUAGGCUCUUCAGCAGAGACUCACUUGUGCUUGGACCACAAGGUUUCUUCUUCCUCAGGGUCCACACCCCACAGACCUAGUAUCCCCAGUAGUGACUCCUGUCAGCUCCAAAACUUAUAGAACUGUAUCUUCUAAAUAUACAAGGCAUCCUGCCAGACUGAAUGGUGAAUACAAGUUACAAAUUUAAGUUCACCAUCCUAAGCAGACUCUCAAAGUUGGUCCCCUGAUGGGAUCUCUUUACACACAGCCCCAACUCCAAGGGGGAUGAGGAGUCUGUUCCCCUCACCCCCAGGUGCCUUGGGAGGCGGCGGGUCUUCUGCUUUGUGCAGUUCCUGCAGAAAAGGGAGGGCUCCAUCCAGGGGCGGCCCCUCAUCACCUGAAGUCCUCUUCUGACUUGGUUGGAGUCCCGCACCUUCCCACACUCAUUGCUGAUUACCAUGAAAGCUGCCCCUGGCCUUGUCUUCUAGCCUCUUCCCAGUUCAAAGUCCUGCCUUUACAGAUUGAUUCAUAAUGUCUGCACUUAAAAGGAAUUCACAGAGGUCUGCUGGCCCACAGGACAAGGACUGUCAGCUCGGGGCAGGGGGAGACGGGGGCACAAACCAAGUACAUGGAGGGAAGGCCCCAAAUUAGUAAACACUUAAUUUUUCUAGCACUGUGACUGCAUUUAAAACAAGCCCUUGUCAAGCCUACUGGAAUAGCUGAUAAGCCUGCAGAACAAGGAGGCACUGUGUCCAAAGCCAGUGCUGGAGCUGGUUCCUGGACUGUCUGGGAGCCCAAAGUGCUUGCAGGAAUCCAAGAAGUGGGAGAGCAUCGCCACGGGGCUGUUCUGAGGCCAGCUUCCCUUAACUGCAACCUGGCCAUCUGACCCGAAGGCACGCUUAGCCACGGUUCUGGUUCUUCCCUCCCUCAUUUUCACACUUUCCCCUCCCUAAAUUGGGGGACAAAAGGAGUAUCAAUGCUAAUUAUUUCCAGGAUAAACAUGAAACCAGAAGUUUCUUAGUUUCGCUGUAAUUUGCUAUGAAGGAAAAUGACAAGUGAAAAAAAUAAAUGUGUACUAAGAAAUA